AGACGCGUCAGCCUCUAUUUUCACACAUUUGACUCCUUCAACAUGGACCACAUCGACAUGCAACAGAUCAAGAAUGGCGAAGUUAACCUCGGUACCUCAAUUAUGGCCGUCCAAUUCGAAGGCGGUGUCGUUAUUGGGGCUGACAGUAGAACGACCACCGGAAGCUACAUCGCCAAUCGGGUAACAGACAAGCUUACCUUCCUCCACGACCGUGUCUACUGUUGUCGAUCCGGUUCAGCAGCAGAUACACAAGCCAUUGCGGAUAUGGGCCAUUAUUACCUCCAGAUGCAAGCACAGAGCCUGGGAUCGGCCCCUGCAGUGCUCACCGCAGCUUCAUUGAUGGAGAAAAUGUGCUACCAAAAUAAGGACCAACUCAGCGCAGGUAUCAUUGUCGCGGGUUGGGACGAGUCGGGUGGUCCAAGCGUGUAUAAUAUCCCACUUGGUGGUGGUCUUUUCCGUCAGCCAUGGGCUAUCGGAGGUUCUGGCUCAACAUAUGUUUAUGGUUACUGUGACGCUACUUACCAGGAAGGAUGGGGGAGAGAUGAAACCAUAAACUUCGUUAAGAACACUCUGGCUUUGGCAAUGUCCCGCGAUGGCUCAUCGGGAGGAUGUAUUCGGAUGUGCGUCAUCACUGAAGACAAGGUAGAGCGCCUGUUCGUCCCCGGAGAUGAACUACCAAGGUUCUGGGAGGGAAGAGAGGUCCUUGGUGAAGCAAAGAAGCCUACCAUAAAUAGGGAUGUGGUACCUAUGGCUGUCGAGGUGUAG